UAGAAACCAAGUGCUGGAAAUGUUUGAUCAUGCGUAUACCAACUAUAUGGAACACGCGUAUCCAGCUGAUGAACUCAUGCCUUUAACUUGUCGUGGACGAGUACGGGGUCAGGAACCGAGUCGAGGGGAUGUAGAUGACGCCUUGGGAAAGUUUUCACUGACCUUGAUUGAUACCUUGGACACUCUUGUGGUGUUAAAUAAAACCAAAGAGUUUGAAGAGGCUGUAAAAAAAGUGAUAAAAGAUGUUAACUUAGAUAAUGACAUAGUUGUGUCAGUCUUUGAAACCAACAUAAGAGUCCUUGGAGGUCUCCUAGGUGGGCAUUCAGUGGCAAUUAUGCUGAAAGAAAAAGGUGAAUAUAUGCAGUGGUACGGUGGUGAACUUCUGCACAUGGCAAAGGAGCUAGGCUACAAGCUUUUACCUGCUUUUAACACCACUAGUGGUCUCCCUUAUCCAAGAGUAAACUUGAAAUUUGGUGUAAGACAUCCAGAAGCACGAACAGGAACAGAAACUGAUACCUGUACAGCUUGUGCAGGUACCUUGAUCCUUGAGUUUGCAGCUUUAAGCCGAUUCACAGGAACAUCUAUAUUUGAGGAAUACGCACGGAAAGCACUUGAUUUUAUUUGGGAAAAGAGACAACGCAGUAGCAAUUUAGUGGGUGUCACUAUUAAUAUUCACACCGGAGACUGGGUCCGCAAAGAUAGUGGUGUUGGAGCAGGAAUAGAUUCAUAUUAUGAAUAUUUAUUGAAAGCCUAUGUCUUGCUGGGAGAUGACAGUUUCCUGGAAAGAUUUAACACGCACUAUGAUGCCAUAAUGAGAUACAUUAGCCAGCCACCUCUUCUCCUUGAUGUUCAUAUUCAUAAACCUAUGCUAAACGCUCGGACCUGGAUGGAUUCUUUGCUAGCUUUCUUCCCAGGGUUGCAGGUGUUGAAGGGUGAUAUUAGACCUGCUAUAGAAACUCAUGAGAUGCUCUAUCAGGUUAUAAAAAAGCAUAACUUUCUUCCUGAGGCUUUCACGACAGAUUUUAGAGUUCACUGGGCUCAGCAUCCUUUAAGGCCUGAAUUUGCAGAAAGCACUUACUUCUUGUAUAAAGCUACUGGAGAUCCUUACUAUCUAGAGGUAGGGAAAACGCUCAUUGAAAACUUAAACAAGUAUGCAAGGGUACCCUGUGGGUUUGCUGCGAUGAAGGAUGUUCGUACAGGAAGUCACGAAGACAGAAUGGAUUCUUUCUUUCUGGCUGAGAUGUUUAAGUAUCUUUACCUGCUCUUUGCUGAUAAGGAAGACAUGAUUUUUGACAUAGAAGAUUAUAUCUUCACUACAGAAGCGCAUCUUUUGCCACUUUGGCUUUCCACUACAAACCAAACCAUCUCUAGAAAAAAUACAACCACAGAAUACACAGAGCUGGAUGAUAGCAACUUCGACUGGACCUGUCCCAACACCCAGAUUCUCUUCCCAAAUGACCCUAUGUUUGCUCAGAGUAUUCGUGAACCUUUGAAAAACGUGGUGGACAAAAGCUGUCCUCGGGGUAUUUCCAGAGCAGAAGAGAGUUUGGGAAGUGGACCAAAACCACCGCUGAGAGCCCGAGAUUUCAUGGCCAGUAAUCCUGAGCAUUUGGAGAUAUUGAAGAAGAUGGGAGUCAGUUUGAUUCAUCUCAAAGAUGGAAGAGUGCAAUUAGUGCAGCACGCUGUGCAAGCAGCAAGUUCGCUUGAUGCUGAAGAUGGCUUACGGUUCAUGCAGGAAAUGAUUGAACUAUCCAGUCAGCAACAGAAAGAGCAACAGCUACCUCCUCGCGCUGUUCAAAUCGUUUCCCAUCCGUUCUUUGGCAGGGUGGUCUUGACUGCUGGACCAGCGCAAUUUGGAAUGGACUUGUCCAAACGCAAAGCCGGGACAAGAGGAUUUGUUGCAACCAUUAAGCCAUAUAACGGAUGCUCAGAGAUCACUAAUCCUGAGGCAGUCAAAGAGAAGAUUGCUCUGAUGCAAAGAGGCCAGUGUAUGUUCGCUGAAAAGGCGCGAAACGUUCAAAAAGCUGGAGCAAUAGGAGGCAUUGUUAUUGAUGACAAUGAGGGAAGCAGUAGUGACACUGCUCCUCUCUUCCAAAUGGCCGGUGAUGGAAAGAAUACAGAUGAUAUCACAAUUCCCAUGCUCUUCCUGUUCAACAAGGAAGGAAACAUUAUACUGGAUGCAAUCCGGGAAUACGAGGCUGUAGAGGUGCUCCUUUCUGAUAAAGCAAAAGAUAGAGCAACAAUCUUUAAAGACUUGGAAAUGGACAAUAUGGACCAGAAAUUGUCUGAAAACGAUUCGCAUAAGCAGAGCUCAGAAGAGACUACUUCAGCAUCUCAGGACGUUGGCUUGGCCAGUGAGGAGCCUGAAGGAGGAGAAAACUCUGACGUUGCUCAGCCUGAUUCUUUAUCUCCUGCUCACGCAGACAGUGACAGUGUUUCCAUUUCAAAUCAGGAUUCCUACGUCCCUGAAAAUGAGGCUAGUACUCAAGAACCAGAAUGCACGCAAGUGGAUAACCAGCCUCAGGAGCGAAAGACUGAGACAGAGUCAGACUCCAAAGCUGACUGGGAUAAUAAAGUCCAGCCUAUGGAAUCCAUAUUAGCAGACUGGAAUGAAGAUAUAGAAGCAUUUGAAAUGAUGGAAAAGGAUGAACUAUGACUUGUAAUAAUAACUUAUUUGUUAGUAAACAAAUGGAGAACUGUUUGGGUAGAAGAGAGGCCCUGAUAUCAGAGAACUAGGAAACACAUUCAGUAUUGUGAUGAGCAACCAGGUUUUCCCUGGGAAAUACCAUAGAAAUCCAGCACAUGCUGUUUGUAUUGUUUUAAUUUUUCCUGUUUAAAAAUGGGAAUGUGCAAUUGAAGCAUUUGUCUGGCUCCAUUGCAUGGUGCUGUAACCCAGGAGGCUUGUUCAGCGAACGAGCCCGACUUCUGCCUUCCAGGCUCUGAGAGGCCAAGUUCCUGUGGCCUCUGGAAGGCAAAAGUUGAAUGCAGUGGGGUUAACGUACCACUUAACGGUUAUCGAUGAGAGCGCUCGAGGGCAGUAGGUCAGUCACCGUUUUUCUUGUCGUGAAGGUGCGGUUUCGCUGAUCUGUACUGAAUCGAAAGCCUUCAUGGAUAGCAGCAGGUGAAAUCACGUGUUUCCAGCUGUAGCGUCUUUAAGACGCAGCUAGGAGCAAUUUGAUUUUUGUGCUGACAUAUCACAGUGAGACACAGUAAUGUAGCUCAUCACUCCUCUCUGUUGCCCUGAGGAAUGACUAAGGUGACUUGGAGUUUUUCCCCUUCUGCUCUAGUUUCAACUCGAGAAGCUGUAUCAACCAAAGGCAGCGCAUACGUUGUUAGCAAGCUCCAGCAGGGCAACCGGGAAAGCCGGCCUAAUUGGGGCUCCGCCAGGUAAAGGUUCACAGUGCGUUGUGAAAAUUGUACUCGAGGUUAAGGGAAAGGGGACAAGACGGGCGUUCGGUACAGGUAUUUCCUUUGGCCUUCCAGGUUGAAAAACUCAAUCUACCCUAAGAUACAAGAUUCAGAGCUGGCAACGUUCUCUGAAAGGAGACUAAACAGAGUUAGAUCAGAAUUAACAAAAAUCUUCCUUUUCUGCAAGUUCUACUUCUAACAGUCAGCUUGACUUUGUUGUCAUUUUUUAUAUGCAACUUCUAUACAUGUGAGACUUAAGGCAAUGAGGCCAGUACCAGUAGUGAAGUGCAACAAGUUUGGCUGUUGAUUCCAUAGUUUCAAGUACAGUGGUGUAAAUUCAAAGAAUGACUGAUGUGUUACUCUGGGCUUUGGGAGUUUGUUACAGGUAAGUGUGAGUCCUACUUUGUUAUCCCUCUUACGAAAAACGUUAUUCAAAUUAAAAUGGGGACGUUUAAACAACCUGCAAAAUGUUUUGACUGUGUCCAAAGAAACUGCCAAAAACGAAUUAACUUGACUUGUAUAAACUGCUUUUAGGGAAUUAUGAUUGAAAGGAUUGUUUUAUGUUAGAGAAUUAAAUUAACACUGCCUCGAUGCCGCACCAGGCUGAAAAUGAAGGUUUAUAUUAAUCUGUGCAAUGCAGGAAAGAGAGCCCCAAUCGGAAGCGCACUUUUCAUUUAGCUGGUAAAAUUAUGCGUGCUGAAUAUGCAACCGUUAAUUAGUACAGCCAUACUGUAUCUAUUCCUGUAUAUUCGUGUACAGUGAGAAUGGAGAAAACCCAGGCAAAUGUUGUAUACAUACUUAAUGACACUUGCUUUCGAGAGUUAUCAAAACGCACAGGCACCUUUUGAGAGCAUGAGAGUCAAUCAGAAUAUUAUACGUCAAUUGAAUGAUAACUUUAAAUCAGUAGAGUAGGAGGUGAUUCUUUUUUUUUUUUUGAGGAGGAAAUGAAGCAGUGGUGGAAUAGUGAAUAAGUGUCCUUUUAAAAUGAGUUAGCUUUUAAAUGUAGUUAUGAUUCCUUUGCACAAAUAACUAUAUGGAGGUUUGAGCUGAAUGAGUAGAGUUUGAAGCAGCUGAGCUUUUUCGGUUGAGAGGGUUUUUUAAUUUUAUAUAUUUUUUUUGUUUGUUUGUUUUUAUAUGGGGUUGUUCAUGUAAGGAAUUUGAUCAUGGGAGCCUUCUAAGUGUCCUUGGUUACCUGGAGCCCUGAUCCGCAGCUGCGGUACGCGCUUGCGGGGACGCGGCCAAGUGCCGUCAGCGGCAGGAUCAAAACGUCCCGCUGGGGCAGCUCGGCGGUUCCCUCUGGAAAGUCCUUACAGCCCCCGUGCGCAGUGCCACAGAGGAGCGCGCUCGGCCGCGGGCUACGUCUCCGUGCCCGUUAGCCCUUUUGAGGGAAAACGGAGUUUCUUUAGGCGCAGAGGUCCUCUGCUCAAUACGUCAAGACCGUCAAUGUAACAACAAAAGCUUUAUUUUUUUUUAAUCUUCAGAAGAUUUAUGUUUAGAGCUGAAACCUUUUAAAAUGAGCUUUCCCUGCCAGCACAAGCUCAUUUUUAUUUCUUAACUACUUCACGUCUACACCUCUGGAUAAAGCAGUAGACGUUUUCCCUCCCCUUGAGGGAUUUUCUUUAACAGUCCCGGAUUUCAGUGUGGAUUUUGAAGCAUCGGCUUGGCGGUGGCCUACCUCAGAGAAACGUUGCCUCCUUUCGUUUGGGUUGUUUUUGGUUUGUUGAAGAUUGUUUUUUUUCCUUUACCUUUUGAAACGAUCAUGAGAGCCAUAGCCGCGUUUGACAAGUGGGGUUUACACUUUGUUUACAGAACCGCAUCAGGUAAAGUUGACCUUUGGGGAAAGAAGAAUAAAAUGAGGAGGACGGUUUUAUUCAGGGUUGUUCCCCCCCACCACCACCACCACCACCACCUUGUCCUCCUUUAUAAGGAAAUAGGUUUUAGCGAACCUUUUCAUAUCCUUCUGAAAAAAAAAAAAAAAAAGGAUUUUUCUGUCACUGUCAUCUUAAAAAGCGAAAAGAAUGUAUUAAUCCUAAAGAUCUUUUGGAGAGGGGCGUUAAAUGAUCCUCACCAGUUCUUGGGAGCCUGCUCCAAGGGGAGUGUGGCUCUGAAAUGGGCCAUCAACGGGUGCGUAUCGUAUGAACCCUGCAGAGCUCGGGAGUCGCAGCUGGACCUAGCUCCAUGCCGGGCAGGUCGGUCUAGCCGCUCGAUUCCUCGUUUGAGGUCGGAGGAAUGUUCUCAAUUGUUUACAUUUAUGGUUUCUUGAUGAAGUUUUUAAAACGAGCCCGGCUUUGUUCCUCUCCUCCUCCUGCCAACGUACCUGAAGGCGUAGCGUUAGUCGUGAGUUAAGUGUGUGUUGCGAAGUUAAAGCGGGACAUCUUACACAAAAGGCGUCGGUCAGAACAUAGAAAACAAUAAAAUAACAUUCUGUGAAUGAAAUAUUGUAUGUUCAGAUUUUAUAAGAUUUUUUUUUAGCCAGCCCAAUUUACAGCCGUAUAUUUUCUUAUGAAACAUGUCUAAUAACGGGUGCUGUUAACACUAUCGUUGGGUUUUACUGUCUGGUGAUAAGUGUAUACAAUAUUUCUAAGGGCAACUAUGUACUGUGAUGUAAAAGUCUGGGCUAAAAUGUAUAUAAUCUGUGUACAUAAUUGUGUACUUGAUUACAAUUGAUUGUAAAGAUUUAAUAAAAUGUAAAUAUUCUGGUCAA